GGUUAAGAGCAGAUUUGUUGUCCAGCGGAGAACCACUGCUGGGUUGUGUAUAUGAGUGUGUGUUGGGCUGGACCUGCAGCAGAACAAGAGAGACAGCUGACAGAAACAGGAGAAUUUCUUAUCUUCAACGACUUCAACCAUCAUGUCUCAACCUGGUCAGGAAGAUGAACAAAUGCAGCGCCCUGAAGUAAGAGAAGAGGACGUGACUGAAGCAAAGAACAGACUGGGUGGUAGUGGGCCUGCAAAGAGCAAGACAAUUGAAGUUAUGGAGGAGUGCGAGAAAAUGGGUAAAGCUGCUCCCUCAGUGUUCAGCAGAGCGAGGUCAGGAGCCGAGACCGUUCUCAACACACGAUCAGCUCCAAAGUAGGAAGGAAGUGUCCUGACUGUGACUGUACAGCACCUGUUCCAUGUUAAGGGUUUCGGAUCAGCUGUUUACCUGCUGUACUUCAGUCUGUGGAAAAUCUUGUUUUAAUCCUUAUGUUUUAUUUUAGUGUGCAUUUCUUUGCUCCGGUCUUAUUUUUACUCACUGUUGGCUCAUUUUUCACUGCAAUAUAAAGUCCUGCACCUCAAUGUAAACAGCACAGUCACAGCUAGAAGUAGAAAGAACUCAAUAAUGCAUUUAGUGCAGUGUAACAAAGUAAUAACGGCAUAAAUCAGAAAAAAAUGAAAAACAGUAGAAUUUGUAGUUGUUCUUAUCUAUGUGAUAAACUGCUAAAGAAUUUUCUUAAACAUCUACGUAAUUACUAGUUAAUUCAGUUUUAAUGUUUAAAAUUGCUAUUUUUUGUUAAUUCAAUUAUUAGGUUACACCAGCAUUAACUGAGAUUUAAAGAGAAAAAUGUAUGAACCCAAAAGCAAUGUUGCAACUGAUAUUUCUGAACAUACAAAAAAAUAACUUUACACAACGACCUAGACUGAUUGUAUGCCAAAUGUGACAACUACUUAAAGAUAAAUAAAAAAAGUCUGAAAUAAGUGUCAUUAAAAAUGUGACACAACAAUUCAAUAAAUAUUAGUCAAAAUUGA